AUGGGAGUAUACAAAAAUAUAUCUGUUGUGUUUUCGAAGGAGACGGACAUAUACUUUAACCUGUCCCUAGAAAACUACCUUCUGUCAACGUACGGGAGCGGAAGGACGAGUAAAUUCGGCCCAAACUCCCCACUGCUGUACCUGUGGAGAAAUUCGCCAUGUGUAAUAGUAGGAAGGAACCAGAACGUAUGGUCCGAGUGUAACCUGGAAAAUAUCAAGGAAGAUGUGAAGAUAGUACGCAGGUUCACAGGAGGAGGAGCAGUGUACCAAGACCUGGGAAACACGUGCUUCACCUUCAUAUCAGAUUCGAAAAACUACAACUUCCAAAAUAACUCGGAACUAAUAUGCGCAGCAGUAUCGAAGCUAAUAGUAGGACAAAAAUGUGAGCCGACGGGAAGAAACGACCUAUGUGUGAACGGCCUGAAGUUCUCAGGAGCAGCAUUCAAAGUGUUGCCAAACGCAGCACUGCAUCACGGAACUCUGCUGAUCAACAUCAACAAGGGGUCGCUGGAAAAGUACCUGACACCCGAAAAGUCGAAACUGGCAAAACAUAACGUGAAAAGCGUAGAGGCAAGAGUGACGAACCUGGCCCAGUUCAAGCCGGACGUGACUCACAGCGAGGUGUGGAACGCUAUCGUGCAGGAAGCAAUGGACUUUUACGGAGUUAAAGAGAAGGAGGUGUACGAAGUAGACUACAGCUCAGAGUUUUGCAAAGAAAGCUCAUUCAAGGACUGCUACGACAAGUUGACAGACAAACAGUGGAUCUUCGGAAAGAGGCUUAUGGACCCGAAAACGUACAAAAACAGGUUCGACUUCGGAAGCGUGGAGUUCUGCCUGGACGUGAAGGAGGACACGGUGGAAAACGUGUACAUCUACUCGGACAUGCUGAACGCAGACCUGAUCGACUACAUGAACGGAAAAUUCAACGAAGGACCGUUUAAAAUGAAUGCAGAAGAGUUCAAAAAAAAAUUCGAGGAUGCAGAGUGCCCGAACGGGGGAGAAGCAAUCGAGCAAAUAAAAAGUUGGUUGCUGAACCAGCUGAGUAACAAAGAGUAG